GUGUAGUCUCGUACGGGGGCAGCUUUCAUUCCUCAGUUAUUCAUUUUAGUAGCACCAGUACACACACCGAGUAAUCUAAAAAAUUCUAAAUUCUACAUAAACCAAAAAAAGUUGCUAGUUCCUUCUAGGCAAACUCUAGGUUCCUUUGGACAAGUAAAAACUAUCACCAUGCAUUUGAUGUGCGAACGUCUAUCGGCUGUUUUUGCUGGCGUCGUGGCAGGCUUGUGGUUUGCCAAGACCUUCCCCGCGGAAGCCCCCAAGAAGGACGAAAAGAAGAAAUAGAAAUCUGGUAAACGAAAUUCACUUCAAAAUUUUCGAAA